AUGAAGUGUACUAGAGCAUGUAAAGAAUGUAAAGGGGAGAGCUGUUCAAAUGCUACUGACCUGGUUCAACUUACUGAAAACGCCAACGAAGAUGAAGAAGAUGAUGAUGAUGAUUUUGAUUAUAUUUCGGAAAAAGAGUUAGAAAAGCGAAAUACAAAACGAUUAGCUUACGAGAAAUUCAAACGAUCGAUCUAUGGAUUAGAUGAUACUGAUUCAGAAGAAGAAGAAGAAGAAGAAGAAGAAGGAGAAAAGGAAGAAGAAGAUCAAAUAGAAGAGGAUAAUGCAGUUGAAGAAACGGUGGAAGUCUCUCGGACUUCUAACGUUGAUGAGCCAAGAUAUCCUGAUAAAUUAAUCCAGAGCUUCAUAAUACGAAACAAAGCCAGUCAACUACCUCCAGAUUUGGGCCUGAGCAAUGUUGUGGUAACGAACGAUCGCACUCAACGGCAAAAAUUACAGCACAAGAGCACUCGGGAGGAGUUUCAACGUCGUGUUGCGGAUGGAGAAGCCAAUAUACGUCUAGUGACAAGGAAUAUGGCAGGACGACAAUUGUCAACAAACCACUACCUCGUCAAAAUCAAAUGUAGAGUGCUGCUCAAUCUUAAACACUACAUGUAA